GUGCUGUGUCUCUGUCUGUCGCUCUCGCUCUCAGACGACUGGGCCGCCGCCGCUUGGUGCUGAGGCUUUCGUUGGUCUCUUCGGCGGCGACGAGCACCCACCAGGUACUCCCGCUCCUUCUAUUCCCUUCCAUGCGAAGCUGAGCACCGAAACCUUAAUCAUUUAGCGGCGCGAUACGUGCGGAACCCGCGCCGCCGCCGUAUGAGUUUGCUAUGGCCUCGAUCUGGCCAGAUCCGUGGUGUGGUGUAGUGUGGGUGGAGAUCCAUUUGCAGGGGCACGGAUCCGCAUCCCAUGAGUCCGGAUCUGCACUCCUUCGAGCUGGUGAGAUGGUUCACGGGCAGCAACACCGGUGCAUCUCGACGCACGCGGGCGGCGUGGCGGCUGUGCUGUGGCGCACUCCUAACUUCGAAAUUAUUGGGUGUCCCUUUACUGGAUCCGCCCCUGAAUGUGAUGUUGAAAAUCUUAGAUGCAUAAAUCAGGAACUGCUGUCUUUGUGUGAACUACUGCUUUCAGUUAACCUGCACAUUCAAAUCCAGUGUUUCUUUUCAAUCACAUAGUGAACUAAAACACUCUCAUCACUCAGUGAUAUUUGAUUUUAUCCACAUGCCACUUGCAGCAGUUCUGUAGAAAUGGCUGAUGGUGAGGACAUCCAGCCUCUUGUCUGCGACAAUGGCACCGGAAUGGUCAAGGCUGGUUUUGCUGGGGACGAUGCACCAAGGGCGGUUUUCCCUAGCAUUGUUGGCCGUCCUCGCCACACUGGUGUCAUGGUAGGGAUGGGACAGAAGGAUGCAUAUGUUGGCGAUGAGGCACAGUCCAAGAGAGGUAUUCUCACGCUCAAGUACCCGAUUGAGCACGGUAUUGUGAGCAACUGGGAUGACAUGGAGAAAAUCUGGCAUCAUACUUUCUACAACGAGCUUCGUGUUGCACCAGAGGAGCACCCUGUGUUGCUCACUGAGGCUCCUUUGAACCCAAAGGCCAACAGGGAGAAGAUGACCCAAAUUAUGUUUGAGACUUUCAAUGUUCCUGCCAUGUAUGUUGCAAUCCAAGCAGUUCUAUCACUCUAUGCUAGUGGGCGUACUACUGGUAUUGUUCUUGACUCUGGUGAUGGUGUGAGCCACACUGUGCCCAUUUACGAAGGAUAUGCCCUUCCUCAUGCCAUUCUUCGUUUGGAUCUUGCUGGUCGGGACCUCACAGACUCCCUCAUGAAAAUCCUGACUGAGAGGGGUUACUCCUUCACAACCUCUGCCGAGCGAGAAAUUGUAAGGGACAUCAAGGAGAAGCUGGCAUAUAUAGCCCUUGACUAUGAGCAAGAGUUGGAAACUGCCAAGAACAGCUCCUCAGUUGAAAAGAGCUAUGAGCUACCUGAUGGCCAAGUAAUCACCAUUGGUGCAGAGAGAUUCAGAUGCCCUGAGGUCCUCUUCCAGCCAUCCAUGAUUGGUAUGGAGGCUGCCGGAAUCCAUGAGACAACAUACAAUUCAAUCAUGAAGUGCGACGUGGAUAUCAGGAAGGACCUCUACGGCAACAUUGUGCUCAGUGGAGGUUCGACUAUGUUCCCGGGAAUCGCUGAUCGUAUGAGCAAGGAGAUCACUUCCCUUGCACCAAGCAGCAUGAAGAUCAAGGUCGUUGCACCGCCUGAGAGGAAGUAUAGUGUCUGGAUAGGAGGGUCCAUCCUAGCCUCGCUGAGCACUUUCCAACAGAUGUGGAUAUCUAAGGAGGAGUACGAUGAGUCUGGCCCGGCAAUUGUUCACAGGAAGUGCUUCUAGGCUUCGCAAGUUCCUCAUCGUUGCCUAGUCUCAAGUUAUGUCCCCUUCAUUUCUCAAGAUACGUGUGGCAGAUUUGCAUGGUACGGUUCAUUUAUCAAAUUAUGCCCACCCCCUCUUUGUAUGUUGUGGCUCCAUGUGCGAGCACGCUGUCUGUCGUGACACCUGGUUCGUCAGAUGUUUUGUCAAACUUGCUUGGCUUGAUUGGUUGUACUUGUACCUGUAAGAGCUGAUAGUUAUAUGAA